UGUCGACCGGCUCCGCUAAACCGCUAACUGUGCUCGCUACACGUCACCAGAACCAAACCGAAGCUGCUACGAGAAAAAAAACACACACUUAUUUAAAGACGACGUGGUCAGAAACAAAAAGGCUUUAAGUGAUGAAGAGAGAGAGUCGGAGGAGAUGUAUUUUACUGCACUUAAAGAGACGCAUGUGUUUAUGGUUUCGCAGUCAGAGUUUGUGCUCGUUUUUGUGCUCCUCCUGUUGAAGCGUUUUAACUCAAAGAAAUCCGAUUGUCCCACUCUGUGUGUGUGUGUGUGUGUGUGUGUGUGUGUGUGUGUGUGUGUGUGUGUGUGUGUGUGUGUGUGUGUGUGUGUGUGUGUGUGUGUGUGUGCGUGCGCGUGUGUGUGUUUGAUGUCACUUUGAAGCCGUUUCUUAAUGUCAGACAUUACCAGCAUUUGAUUUUACUUGAAAGAGAAACUUGUGGCGGGCAUGUUUAUUGUUGGUUCUGCUUGAUUUUUGAGAGUCUUUAUAUAUUUGGAGCCUUAUGACGAGAACUUGAUCUCACCGCUCAAGAUGCCACGUAACAGAAAAUCAACCUCUGGGGCCUGUACGCCGCAGGACUCCGUCUUAUCGGAUGCCUUUUUUUCCUCAAAAGUCAAAGCAUUUUUAGGUCUGGAUUGAGAUAUAUUUAUAUGUAAAGAUAUUCAUGUAAUGCACACACCACUUAUUUUUUCUAACAAAGUCCUAUUUGAAGCCGAAGCGUGCUAGCUGUAGUGAAAUAUGGCGUUUAAUAACCGUCUGUGAGAUUUUUUUCUUCUCCAAAUUUAAUAAUGCAAUAGGUUUACUUACUUGUGUGUUUGCCGGUUGACCUGCUACUAAGUGGAGACUGUUCAAGGUUGUUUUUAAUCAUGUAAGAGAUCACGUGAACUUUCAGCCCUCUUCCGCCAAGAUCUGUGAAACCCCGCCCUCUCACUGUCGUUUUAUCAUCUCAAAAAAACCCUCAAAGGCUUUUAAUUUGAAAGGGUUUAAGACAUUUCUCAACAGGUGAGCUGCAAACUGCAUCAAAGCUAGGUUUUUAUGAGAUCAAUUAUUUUUUCAUAUUAACGAAAGGAGGAGGGCUGAAGGUUCAUCCUCGGACCGGUUCGUCCGUUAAGACUGUGCCUUUCCUGAUGGUGCUGAAAACAAAAACCGAGUAAAUCAAAGAAAUCUUAACUUUCAGAAAAGGCCGCAGAGGCCCACAGAGUCUACGAUGAGAAGUAUAUAUUGAUACAUGACGAUACUGUAAGGUGUGAUAGUGUGUGUGUGUGUGUAUGUAUUGUGUGUGUGUGUGUGUGUGUGUGUGUGGAUACCUCUGACAUAUGCCAAGAACACAAAAAUAUGCAGACCUGAUCAGUGUGGAGCUGACCGGACCAAAAGGCCUGUGGGGGUCUGUUUUUAGAGGACGGGCACUCAGCACAACCCAAAAACUUCAACUUCUCAGAAACAUUCGGGAAAACAAGAACGUGAUGUAGCAUUAUUUAUUUAACUUAAUUUUACCGAGGAUACGGCCUUUUUUUUUUUUUUUCCUCACAAUCAGAAGUUGUGUGCGUGACUCCAUAUCUGACCUUCAAACGGUUCGAGUUCUUCAAUGUGAAAGAAAAAAACCACGUUUACAAACCCUCCGAGUGCCCGUCUGCCACGUUAAGGGAUUCUCCACGUUACUAAAUCUUUAAACCUCUGUGGUCAGCUGCAUAUCACACUCAAAAACAAGACAAAUGAUGUUUGGGUUUCACUGUCAUUAUUUCUUUAUUUUAUUUUUGCCUAAUUUAGUAAAUGGUGUCACUUUUAGAAGUCAAACUGUAUGUCAAGACGUUUUUUUGUCUUAACACUCAUCUGAUCCUGGUCCUAAGUUGAGCCUUUUUAUUUGGUUGUCAUAUUUAAUUUUUUUUGGAAUAAAUACUCUAUGUAUGAAAA